AUGACCUUAGUGGAAUCGAAGGAGGGGAACGUAUUACCGAUCAUGUUGAGCGUACAGCAACAGCAUCAUCACCACAAUCUUCACGGUUCUUCAACAACCAGUGCUCAAACUCAUCGCAGCAAUGUGAUUGUUUCCACUAGUAGUAUGCCGGCUAAUGACAUCAAGAUUCAACAACAUGGUUGCAAGCGAUCCAAGAUUUACGGUCAGACGACCGGUCCUUAUGGCACGGUUCCUCAUCAACCGGCUUCGGUUGCGAGGCGGAACGCUCGAGAAAGAAAUCGUGUUAAGCAGGUGAAUAAUGGAUUCGCCACUUUGAGACAGCAUAUACCUCAAAGCGUGGCACAAGCUCUUGGAGGAAAUACAGCUGGCACGCACGGCGGAUCUAGAGCCGGUAGUAAAAAGCUAUCGAAGGUCGAAACACUUAGGAUGGCAGUCGAGUAUAUCAGGAGUCUGCAACGUCUUCUGGAAGAACACGACAGUGGUUCAGAUGUCACGAGUGUAUCUUCGCCAACGUCGUCAUCGCCUUCGUCAACCUCUUCCGCCUCAUCCACGUGUAGUUCCAACAAUGGAAUCAACGUCGAAUCCAGUCACCAUUCUCCCGAGUUGAGACUUCGUAGCAAUGUCAACAAUGAACUCCGGCAUCAUAGUAGCUCGGACUUGCAUCGACAUCAACAUUUACGGCAAAAUCCUAGCCCAACAUUCGUACCAGCACCUUGUUCCGAAGCUUCGAGUUCGCCAACGCCGAGUUUUGUUUCCGAAGCGUCAUCAGCUGGCAGUCAAGGGUACGGAACGUCGGGUACUCUUUAUGCGACACAUUCCGAUGGUUACGAUAAUUACGAACCUAUGAGUCCCGAAGACGAAGAGCUAUUGGAUGUCAUCUCCUGGUGGCAACAAAGUCAAUGA